AUGUCGCCCACGACCACAAUCCCCACUCUGCCGCCCAGUACACCUCAACCUGCUGCUUUCAUCGUCACUCAAGAGGAGAUCCCUGUUCUUAUCAAGACCCUCAGUGAGAAGGUGAACCACUUCAGCGGGUCUCUGGGGGAUCGCAAGGAACUUCUCCAAGAAGUGACUGACGCGACCUCCUCCGUACUGCGGGUUCAGAGCAGCACCAGGGAGACGGUUGCCAAGGAGACGACCUUUGACCUCUCCUCAGGCGUCACAGAUGGGUUAAAGAAGCUGGUAGACCCCCAGUCUACCGACCUGUCACCGAUGGAACAGCUGAUACAGGAGAAAAAGGAACAAGAACGUCUCAAGGCCCGGGUGAUUGGGGAAACGAGAGAUCUGCUGCAGCUCCUGAAUGCUGCAGCAGACAGACUGUUGGAGGAGGCACCACCGGAAGGAGAAAGUACGUACUUCCGGUCUGACGGAGUGUUGAUGGCGGUGAAGAAGGGCAUCCCUGAUGUCGGUGUGGUUCCUAUCGGCCAGGAUGUCGGGUCUGUCGUGUUUACCAAGGAGGACAACCUUCCUGAGGGCUCCACUAUGAAGGUCGUGGCAUUUGUUGAUGAUCCGUUUGUCUGGAGCGUCGAGAAAACUGAAGUAUCUUCAUCCGUCGUCAUGGUAACGAUCACCAAGGAUACGGAUGACGUCGACGGGAGUCAGUCAGACCCGUCGAACAUCACCGUCAUCGUCAAACAGAAGGUACAGUUUGGUACCACAAGCGACACAGAGCAACAGUACCACGACACUCUGCCCACAUCGUACAGGCAGAACCUUGCUGGUGCCGGCAGCUCGUCCUUCCCUCUGUCCAAGGUUCCCAAGCCUGGCGUCACGGACAUGACGUAUCACGCCGUUUACAUCUCAGACGAAGGUCAAGUUCCUUUGAUUCGAUUCUCCGUCGAUGACGUCGACUCAGACCUGCAGGCGUACAUCCGGUUUCACGACUUCCCAACGGAGGAAGACUACGACUACACCACAACUGUCAAACCUCCUGAAGUCACUGAUUACGACGGUUUUGAAAUGCCGUUUGGCCUUGUCUACUCCAGUUUCAAUGUAUCAAUCGUACCGGAGAUACAGAAGGAACGAGGAUGGCUCUUCGUUGGAGUAAAGAAAAAAGGCGGAGACCUGUCCCAAACUGGUCUGAGACGGCUCCUGACGUCAGAGGUCCGUGCGACAGCGCCCCCUGCCGACUCUGCAGGCUUUCUGCUGCAGACUGCUACAGUCUCCUGUCUGCUGCGGGAAAUGGACAACCACACCUGGGACAGCCGCCGCUGCAAGGUUGGGGUUCAAACGAACGAGGACACCACACGAUGCACGUGUGACAUGACACGGCAGGGCAGAAGUUCCAGAGUGGUUCUGGCAACAUCAUUUCUGGCGGUUCCAAAUUUCGUUGACUUCAGCAAGUUUGGAAGCAACAUCGACAAGUUGUCCACGAAUUAUACCGUGUUUGGGACGAUCUUAGCGCUGUGGAUGGUGUUUCUGGUGUCCCAACUAUUGACAUUGCAGAUAAACAUCAGGAGCCACAUCGCUAUGAGUACCGCAGUGGCCGACAGCGUUGCUCUUGGACAAGCAGCUAGGCUUGCCCAAACAAACCCCGGACUGGGGGCCGUUCCCAGCGUCUCCACCAUCCCGUCCGAAGUUCCCGGUGCGGAGUAUGUGUACGUGGUGUGUGUCCGUACGGGAACACAGCCUGAUGCCGGCACGGCGUCUGUGGUCGGGCUCAUGGUCACAGGGUCAGACGGCAGGACACCCAUGGUCACACUCAACCCUGAUGGCUUGGUCCUGGCCAGAGGUGGUGACACGUACCACAUCAUGUCGACUCCUUCCUCCAUCGGCCAGCUCCAGUCUGUACAGGUCUGGCACGACGGCUCCGGGAAGGGCAACAUGGAGUCACUCUUCAUAGACAACAUCAAGGUCUGGGACGAACAGGCAUCGCAGGGAUUCUAUUUCCCGUGUAACGCCUGGCUCUCCUCCUGCAAAGGAGACGGAAGGACCAUCAGGACCACGAGGGCAGCCCCUGGUGGGGAAAUGGGGAUGUCCGAGUACACCCUACCGACAUUUUCGUACCUUCUGUACGACGACCACCUGCUCCUGUCAGCCGUGUGUAACUCCGGUGUGAGACACUUCAGCCGGGCACAGAGGAUGGUCUGCUGCCUGACUCAGAUCACCCUGUGGAUGGUGGGCAGCGCCAUGUGGUACGGCUACAAACUGGGCGCGAGCGAUGUCGUUUUGCUAGACGCCGGCUUCGUCACUUUCCGCCUUUCGGAAAUGAUUGGCAUUGCAGCAACGUCGUUCACGGUGUUCCUGCCAGUUUACGCCAUCCUUGUGCCGAUGUUUCGCAAGCAGCGUUCGUUGGUAGAUCAGAUCCCUUCGGGUCUGUAUGAAACGCCGGCAUCUUCAUCCACCUGGCGAUUUUCGUUCAAGACGAUAGCGUGGAUCCUCGCUAUCCUGACGUCUGUCGGCAGCAGCUUGUUCGUGAUCGUGUACAGUCUGCAGUUUGGAGCCGAGAGAAGCCAGGCCUGGCUGAAGGACUUUGUCCUGGCCUUCAUGUUCUCUACAUUCAUACUGGAGCCCAUUCAGAUUUUCCUGAUCGCCUACAGUAAGGCAGUCGUCAUCGGGCCUAUUGUGGGGACUGUGACAGCCUGUGUUCGGGGAGUUUUCGGGAAGAAUUUAUCGGGCAAAAAAGACCGUCUUCCACUUGGUGAUAUUCAGAGGAAGAGCAGGGGUUAUGAUGUUCCAGCUCGGAGGGUUUUGCCACCAGCCCCGAAGAAAACCGACCAUGACGCGAACUGGACCGAGAGGAUGAGUCAGGGUAGGAACAUCCUGGUCCUCCUGGUGUUUCUGCUGAUCUUCACCGGCAAUGCCUUCUACAUCGGCGUUCUGGGCUUCGACAGGCAUGCCUACUACGUCAGAACAUCACUAGAGAACAGCCUUCUAUCCGGAUAUGAGGAGGUGACCACAGCCGACGGUGCCUGGGAGUGGCUGUCGUCUGACCUGAUGCCGUCCCUCCACCCGGAGCGCGGGUACAGCGGGAAGACCCUCAGGUGGCUGGACAAACAGUUUCCGGCCGGAACCAACGCGUUCCGGAUCGGACCGGUUCGCCUGGAGAGAACCACCAAGUAUCCAGAGAACCCAAUAGACAUAGAUCUUGAGCACAGUGGCCAAAAGCUCUAUCCUGAGCUGCAGAUGUUCCUACAAAAUGAAGCUGUUGGCCGACAGAACGGAAGGAACUGUUCUCACAAUGGGACUACAAGUAUUGUCAAUGAAGUCAGAAACGGCACUUCAGUGUGCUUCUCCACAGUAGAUCUGCCCCAGGACGCUGACCAGGCUGCUGCGGUGAUAGACUUCUUAAAACAGACCAACUGGAUCCUGAUGGUUUCAGACACGCUCACCCUCCGGAUCAACUUCUACCACCCAGACGUGAAGCUGUUCAGCACCGUGGUCAUCACCCUGCAGUACCUCCCAGGGGGCGCUGCUGAGAUGCAGCCCACCAUCCACACCUUCCGGCUGUUCCAGUACGAAACAGCACACGACUUCAUUCAGAUGAUUUUCCACAUCGUCUUCGUUCUUGUCUACAUCUACAACUGCUUUACCGAGAUUUUGAACGUGCAGAAGAGCGGUCGUCUUUACUUCGUCAGUUUUUGGAACAUCCUGAUCCUGUGCAACAUCGGCAUGUCCACAGCCGUCAUUGUGACAUUCGCGCUUCGGUACAUCCAAACAGCAGCUGCUUUGGAUGACAUACAACAGGCAAAAGGGCUUCUCGGCAUCAAUGAGUUUGUGGACAUCAGCACUGCCAGCCAAUGGGAUGCGGCCUUCAAGGAGGUUCUGUCCUUCUCCAUCUUCAUCAGUACCUUCAGCAUCCUGCGGGUUCUCAACUUCUCCAAGAGUGUUGCGACCGUCUUCGCUCUGCCUCGGCUGAUAUACAGGGCCGCCCUUGGGUUCUCCGUGUACAUGCUGGUGGUUAUAGUGGCCUACAGCUUCAGCGGGAUCCUCAUAUUCGGCAAGAACAUGGAGAGUUUCUCCGGUUUCAAGAAAACUUCGUACGUGCUGUUUGAGAUGGGACUGGGGAGGCCGUUCGUGGGCGUCUUUGCGGACGACAUGAAGGCAGUGGAUCGUGUCAUGGGACCUCUGUACUACUCUACAUUCGUCAUCAUCUUCAUCUUUUUUCUGAUGAACCUGGGAGUGGGGAUGCUGUGUAACUGGCUGAGUUACUGUCAGACGUCCGACGACAUUGAUGUGGACACCGCCAUGGGAGAUUACUUCUGGAACUCCUUCAGGAGCCUUCUAGGCAUGCGCCACGAGUCCCAAGACGUAGACGACGAAGCACCACUUCCGGACCACUUCGUGAAUGAGGUCCUCCAGCGGACUGAUACGGUACUGCAGGAAGUUGACUUGUUAACUGAUGUGAUGUAUAGGUUUGAGUGCAAGAAGCGAGCGUCCAAGUCAACAACGGAGUCGCAUGUUUAACGGUUUUAACUUUUCAAGAGGAAUAAUGUGUUGCGGAGAGUAGAUGG